UCCACUGCCGGCUCGAAGUACGAGUCCAGCGCUCUCUGCAAAACAAAGACACAGGGAUGGGACGUGUGCGCUGCACGGACCAAAGUAAAGAGCGGGAAAGAGAGAAGCAGCGAAAGCGUACUUCCAUCUCCCAGUCGUUCUCGGCCAGGUAGCACUGAGCCACGGCGGCGUCGCAACUCGCGACCGAGGCAAACUCCACACACAGAAGUCUCCGCUUCUUCACCUCGGGCUCUCCCUCCUCCCGCUCACCCUCCGGUGCACCGUCCGGACCGCUCUUCUGCUCCAUGGUAUCCCCGCCAGCUCACCUCCCUCUAACCCGGGCCGAGCGGGGAGACGCCUGGGCCUCUGCGCAGGCGCCCAGCGCCCCGGCGCUCGCGCACCAACCUCCUCGUGCGGAAACGCGCCCCGCUUUCGGCGGACGACAGCGCGCCUGCGCAGCAGGAAAGCGCGCACGGGCUGGCGAGGGCUAAACAGCGCGUGCGCGCGAGGUCACAACGAGGCGCGGAACGUCAGUGCGCGAGCCGCGGUCGCACCGUGGCCGCCGGUGCACGCGAGUGCGGACUUGGAACGCGUCGCGGGCCCAGAAGGCUGCAAACCCUUCGCCCUUUCUGUCCUUGUUCUUUUGCGAAUUUCCGGGCUUCCCUGCUCUUCCAAGAAUCAUUCUUGAGUGGGGCCUGGGAGCCGGCGAACGGUCCACGAUGAGCUGUAAGGCAAAGAGUCUGCUGGAGGCGAUAAAGUUCUCAGGAAAGGCUCUCGGUUUUGACAGAAGUUUGGAAAAGGUGACUGUUGUUUCUGCUGUCCCUGGGAAAGUGAUUUGUGAAGUGAAAGUAGAAGAGCAGCAUACCAAUAAAAUGGGCACCCUCCAUGGUGGCAUGACAGCCACUUUAGUGGAUGUCGUAUCAACAUAUGCUCUGCUGUGCACAGAAAGGGGAGCACCCGGAGUCAGUGUCGACAUGAACAUAACGUACAUGUCACCUGCUAAAAUGGGAGAAGAUAUAGUGAUUACAGCACAUGUUCUGAAGCAAGGAAAAACACUUGCAUUUGUUUCUGUGGAUCUGAUGAACAAGGCCACGGGAAAAUUAAUAGCACAAGGCAGACACACAAAACACCUGGGAAACUGAGAACAGCAGGGCUGACCUAAAGAAACUCAACAAUGAAUGUCCAGAGUAAAUCUGACUUGAACAAAUAUAAUUUUCAAAAUAAAUUAGCAUAACCAGAA